AUGAGCGAAGAGACGGGCACGGAGGUUGCCGAUAGCGAGGCUGCGGUGACGCAGCGAUUCCGCCGGUUCAAGGACGACCUCCGGCGCGAGCGCGCGUCCGAGGGCGCCACGCCGGACGACGGUCCCAAUCCGCUCGAUCAGCCCGACGCCAGGGUGGACUGGUCGGACCUCCCCGACGGCAUCCUGCACCGCGUGUUCCAGAUGCUGUAUCGGGAGAAGGGCGGGCGCGAGCUCGUGGGGGUGUGCGGGCAGGUGUGCCGGGGAUGGCACGACGACGCGCUGGACGUGCUCAUGCAGGACACUGCCGCGACGCGCAGGCCGGUGCCGGGGGUCGCGCCCGAGCACGACGGCGACGACGACGACGACGAGACCGACCCGGGCGGAGAGACGGGAGCCGGCGGGAGGCGACGAGGACGCGGGGGCGGGGGACGACGGACGACGGCACGGGAGGGCGACGAGGAGGACACGACGGCGGCGGCGAAGAGGGAAACGAGCGACACCUCGUCCGCGGACGACGACGAGGUCGGCAGCAAGCGCAGGAGGCUCCCGGACGAGAGCGAGGCUGCAUCGGCGGGCGCCGACGACGACGGCAGCGGAUUCAAUGUGGGAGGCGGAGGCGCGACAGCUGUGCCGGCGAUCGCGGCGACAGCUGUGCACGCGGCGACGCAUCACCGCCGCGCGUCCGGGGCGUCCGGGGCGCCCGCGGAUCAGGCGGGGAGCGGCGCGCAGGACAGCGCGCACUGCCAGCACAGCGACGGGUCCGUCCGGCCGGCUUAG